GGCUGUGAUGAAGAUUUCACGAAAGACGAUGCAAUGCUCAUGAACGAGUUACUCAACCUUUGCAGUUUCUGGGCUGACAGCGAACCUGGAUUCGAGAGUACUGGCGAACACAGUGACAGUGCUGAAGACUCGGACAGUGACGAUGAUCUGGAAUGUCUAAAACGUCUAGCAGUGUUUUCUUCCUCGGUAUCUACUGAUCGUCCGACUUCUGGGCCUUGCAGUUCCUCGAGCUCUGGAGUGAGCAGUCUUCGAUUUGGUAGCAUUCUCCGUCUAGAUAGUCAGUCACGUGAAUGUGCAAAUCCUGAAAGCGGCACCAUAAGCCGAAUAUCAUCGCCACCCUAUCACAUCUCGCAAGAUCUUGAUUGCCAAAGUCAACCACAUACGAGUGCAUUUGAUCACUUCGAAAGUGCUUUUAGAGGAAUUGUGGAUGACAAUGAAGUUAGCCAAAGUUCCGAAUACGUUCCUGCCUCCGCAUCAAAUGAUUUCUGGUCACAAGUAGAGUUCUAG